GAAAAAUUCCACCCCACCCCCAUUGAGGAAACCAUUGCAUGAAAAGGCUGAAGUUACUAAGUUCAGCUCUCAAGCAACCUGAAAAUCAUUUGAAGCUGCAUUGUCGAGGUCAAAGCUUGCAUUUUGCCCUCUGUGCUCGUUUCUCAAUGGAAAACAACCAGCUGCAGUCUGUUUACACUUUGGUCCAAGACUACUUGAAACACGUUUGUGAGGAUGCCGAACUGGACGCUGCCCCGAGUCAAGUUGCCCAAGUCUUGGCAAGAGUAGCACCUUCGCUUCAGGAAGAAGUGGAAGAGAAGAUAAAGCCACUUUGGCGCUCCAUCAAGAUCAGUUCUGUCGAGGAGGCCAGUGACAUUUUCAGCCAGGUGAUGGCACAGGAAUUUGCCGACGGGAACACCAACUGGGGACGGAUUUUGACAAUAUUCGUCUUCGCAGGAAUUACCGCAAAGAAGUUGCAACAGCACGGAGUUCCUUUGACAAGAGAAAACAUGCAACCGAUUUGCCACUGUGUCACUGAAUUUAUAAACACCAAAGCUACGUGGAUCAGCGAAAAUGGAGGCUGGGUAAGUUUGCUGCUCAGUUUCCUCAGUUGGGCAUUGUUUAUUUUUAUUUUUUAAAGUAAUUUUUAUUAAAGUUUUGAACAACAAAGAAAUAAAAGAAAAACAUACACAAUACAUAUAACAAAAACACAAAGAACAAAAAGACAAAAGCAAAAUUCAACAAUAAAAAUACAAGAAACAACAAUUUAAAAACAAUAUCUCUGUUUCAUUUCCGUUUUUUAGUUGCUUAUUUUCUGGACUUCCUCAUACCUCCCUCUUUUGUAUUCCAAUCCAAAUUAUUUGUCCAGCAGUUUCUUUUCCACUUUUUAAUCCCAAUCUUUAAUUUAAUAAGAUAUUAAAAUAUAUAGCUUCAACUUCUUUAAACCUAAUCCUUGGUCUUAAUAUCAUAUACCAUUAAAAUUUUCCCUCUUAAUAUCAAAUUUCCAUUUCUUUAAACAUCUUUAAUCUUAAUCUUUAAUCUUAGUCUAUCAUUAACUUUAACCUGUACAGCUGGAAACCUCUUGUUUUCAGUCCAACAUCACUCUAACAUUCCUUAAUUUUACAGUGUUUCUGAAGGUAGUCUUUGAAUUUCUUCCAAUCUUCCUCCAUCAACUCUUCUCCCUGGUCACGGAUUCUACCAGUCAUUUCCGCCAAUUCCAUAUAGUCCAUAAGUUUCAUCUGCCAUUCCUCCAGCGUGGGAAGUUCUUGUGUCUUCCAAUACUUUGCGAUGAGUAUUCUUGCUGCUGUUGUUGCAUACAUAAAGAAAGUUCUAUCCUUUUUUAACACCAUUUGGCCGACUAUGCCCAGGAGAAAGGCCUCUGGUUUCUUAGGGAAGGUAUACUUAAAUACCUUUUUUAAUUCAUUAUAUAUCAUUUCCCAGAAAGCCUUAAUCUUUGGGCACGUCCACCAAAGGUGAAAAAAUGUACCUUCUGUUUCUUUACAUUUCCAACAUUUGUUAUCGGGCAAGUGAUAAAUUUUCGCAAGCUUGACUGGGGUUAUGUACCACCUGUAUAUCAUUUUCAUAAUAUUCUCUCUUCAGGCAUUACAUGCCGUAAAUUUCAUACCUGUGGUCCAUAACUGUUCCCAGUCAGCAAACAUAAUGUUAUGUCCAACAUCCUGUGCCCAUUUAAUCAUAGCAGAUUUCACCGUUUCAUCCUGAGUAUUCCAUUUCAGCAGCAAGUUAUACAUUCUUGACAGAUUCUUAGUAUUGGGUUCUAACAAUUCUGUUUCUAAUUUGGAUCUUUCCACCUGGAAGCCAAUUUUCCUGUCCAAUUUAAAUACCUCCAUUAUCUGAUAAUAAUGAAGCCAGUCUCGCACUUUGUUUUUAGUUUUUCAAAACUCUGCAAUUUCAAUCUAUCUCCGUCUUGUUCCAAAAUUUCCCAAUAUUUCGGCCAUUUGACCUCCAUAUUGACCUUUUUCAAGGCUUUCGCUUCCAUUGGUGACAGCCACCUUGGAGUUUUGUUUUCUAACAAAUCCUUAUAUCUUAACCAAACAUUAAAUAGCGCUUUCCUGACAAUGUGGUUUCUAAAUGCUUUAUGUGCUUUGACCUUAUCAUACCAGUUGGGCAUUGUUUAAAACCUUAAAUGACUUGGGUCCCUAUAGUACUGGAUUAAACCCCACGGAGGCCCCCAGGCAGUCAAAAUCUCACCCACUCCCUCACAUUGAACUAAGAAAGCUGGUUUGUCAUUUUCUUUCAAUAUCAAAUAUUACUUUUCCUCUGUUGUCGUGGGGAUCCUAAAAGGUGCCUACUCAGUUUGCUAAUCUGGCACUGGGACCCAGAUACCUGAAAGACCAUCUCCUCCCCUCUCAGACACUGAGGGUUAAAAUCAGCAGAAGCUCCUGCAGCCAAUCAGAAGCCAUGGAAGCCCUGUUGGAUGUUCUGGUUCCAAGGAACGUUCGCAAACCUGAACACUCACUUCCAGGUUUGCAGCGUUCAGGAGCCAAAACGUCCGAUUUCCAGGGCGUUCGAUAACCAAGGUAUGACUGUAUUGCUUUCUGAGGUGGCACAACAAUAGCCAGGUGCUGGCACUGUAAAUGGUGUUUUGCUACAGUGCUUGUUGUUUUCCUAUAAUACAGGCAAUCCUUGUUUUGCGUGGGGGUUAUGCUCUGGACCCCCACGUGCGUCAGCCGAGUGUGCAUAAGCCUGCUCCAUUUCGCCCUGCUCCACUCCUUUUCAUGACACCAUUAUGAAGUUUGGGGGCUACUUCUGGGUUCAGUGCGUGCGUGCGUGAUUGUGCAUCAUUCGGUUGUUGCUUGAAUUUUAAAUUGAAGAGACAAGCAAUGGAGAUAAGCAGGGCAGAUAAAAGAAAGCAAUUUUUCACCCAAUAUAUACAAUUAGGUAAAGGUAAAGGGACCCCUGACCAUUAGGUCCAGUCAUGGCUGACUCUGGGGUUGUGGCGCUCAUCUCGCUUUAUUGGCCGAGGGAGCUGGCUUACAGCUUCCGGGUCAUGUGGCCAGCAUGACUAAGCCGCUUCUGGCGAACCAGAGCAGCGCACGGAAACGCCGUUUACCUUCCCACCGGAGCGGUACCUAUUUAUCUACUUGCACUUUGAUGUGCUUUUGAACUGCUAGGUUGGGAGGAGCAGGGAUCGAGCAAUGGGAGCUCACCCCGUCGCAAAACAAAAGGGGAGGGCUGUUCUUGUCCUACCGAAGGCAAACUCACUCAGCAGUAUAUUUUUCCCACUGGUGAAAUGAUUUGCACCAGCAGAAGGUCCCUUUCCAGGAGAGUCUAUAAGCAGGUCACUGGUAACUUUCUUGCAAAAUUGAUUGUGCAUUCCGUUGCACAAUGAGUUAGCACAACUAUCGUAUUGUAUUCCUCUGCCCUGCAAUGUUAAAACAUGCCUGUCUACUAGUGCAGGACCCCUUGUGCUAGCAGAGAGAGAAUGGUGGGUGUUAUGUAUUAAGAUUAGUGGCAGUUCUCACUCAGGGCCACCAGUAUGUAAAUGAAGGAUUGAAAACUGUCGUUGAUUGGUUAGCUAGUUGUGAGUUGUUACUGUUUCAAGUUACUUAGUAUUAUAUAAAGCAGCCAGCUAGGUUGCAGUCAGUCUGAUUCCAGGAGCAGUUCUAACUGCUGCAAUAAAGAGCUGUGAAUCCAACAGAGCUGUGGCCUUCAUCAAUCUUUUCCACUAUUCAACAGUGGGUACAGUGGUACCUCAGGUUACAGACGCUUCAGGUUACAGACUCCGUUAACCCAGAAAUAGUACCUCAGGUUAAGAACUUUGCUUCAGGAUGAGAACAGAAAUCAUGGUCCAGUAGUGCAGCAGGAGUGGGAGGCCCCAUUAGCUAAAGUGGUGCUUCAGGUUAAGAACAGUUUCAGGUUAAGAACAGACCUCCGGAACGAAUUAAGUACUUAACCCAAGGUAGCACUGUACUGCAAUAUUCUUGGCUUAGAAAGAAAGAUAAUCUGAGCACCUUCCUUCAAACCAAUUUGCCCUCUUGGUAAGGGGAAGCAAACAGCACUUUGUCAUAAGAAAUUGACCCCUAACGAAAAUGUUAUUCUUCUCCCCUACUGCAGGACAGCUUCCUUGCAAAGUUGGGUGAAGAGAAGAGUCCCUGGCUGGCCUUGCACUACAUCAAGACAAAACUCAUCUCCGCUUUCUCGUUCUUCAGUCAAUAUUACUGACAAACUUGGUUCCUUGGUGACCACCAGAUAUUUAUAUCGCCAUGCCUUCCGGGAAGGAUUCCUGCUAUUAGAAAACCGAGACUGCCUUACUGAGCCAAAGGGAGCACUUCGUCCUUCCCGUUUCCAAACUUAUUUAUCUGUUAUUUAUUUAUGUUUUUGUAUGCCUGUGUUGGAAACAUUGCAUCUGAUACAAUUCAUGGUAAAUCAGAACUGUUAUCGCAUGAUGCACGGACAGCUUCCUUCAGAU